AUGUUGGCCAAGUGGGCCUGCUUCCUGCAUCAGCUCCUCCAGCUUCUCCAGAAUGGGCAGCAGUGGCAGCUUUGGGGCGACCUGGGGCUGGGUGGCUAUGGCGGGGCUGGUGUUGUGGGUAGCAUCACAGCCAUCCAAGUGAACCAGAACUGGCUGAACCCCCUGAACCUUGAGGUGGACCCCAACAUCCAGGCCGUGCGUAUUCAGGAGAAGGAGCAGAUCCUGAACCUCAACAACAAGUUCGCCUCUUUCAUCGACAAGGUUCGGUUUCUGGAGCAGCAGGAUAAGGUGCUGGAGACCAAGUGGAGCCUCCAGCAGCAGCAGAUGUCCCAGAGGGCUGGUGGGGACCUCAAGAAUAAAUAUGAAGAUGAGAUCAACAAGCAUACAGAGAUGGAGAAUGAAUUUGUCCUCAUCAAGAAGGAUGUGGAUGAAGCUCACAUGAACAAGGUGGAGCUCAACUGCUCCCUGGACCUGGACGGCAUCAUCGCCCAGGUCAGGGCCCAGUAUGAGGAGAUCGCCCACUGCAGCCAGGCCAAGGCCGAGAGCAUGUACCAGAUCAAGUACGAAGAGUUGCUGACUCUGGCUGGGAAGCACAGGGAUGACCUCCACCGCAUGAAGUUUGAGAUCCCUGAGAUGAACUACAGCAUCAGCUUCCUGCAGGUGGAGAUUGAGGCCUUUAAAGGCCAGAGAGCAUCCCUGGAGGCAGCCAUCACUGAUGCCGAGCAGCAAAGGGAGAUAGCCAUUAGGGAUGCCAAUGCCAAGCUGGCCCUGGACAUCGAGAUCACUACCUACCAUAAGCUGCUGGAGGGCGAGGAGAACAGGCUUGAGGCUGUCCUGCAGAAGGCCAAGCAGGACAUGGCCCGGCAGCUGUGCAAGUACCAGGAGCUCAUGAACGUCAGGCUGGCCCUGGGCAUCGAGAUCGCCACCUACCGCAAGCUGCUGGAGGGUGAGAACAGCCUGGAGGCUGGGAUGUGGAACUUGAGCAUCCACACAAAGACCACCAGCGGCUAUUCAGGAAUGGUGAGCUCCCCCUAUGGGGGCCUCACAAGCCCUGGCUUCACCCGCACCAAGUCUGCUGUGGUUGUGAAGAAGAUCAAGACCUGUGAUGGGAAGCUGGUGUCUGAGACCUCGGAUGUCCUGGCCAAGUGA